CAGACGACGCCAGUAAGUCCACGGUCAAGCGACAACCAGACGUCCAGCGAUCAACUCUCCGUACAGAAAUCUUCGGCGCUGACGAGGUCAGCUGAAAGCUUGGCAAAUGCCAGCGUCUCUUCAGGUUUGUCCUCUUCGUCCAACGUGGACAAGUUCUCGGAGCCCGUUCAUGCUGCUGGAGAGGCAGUUCCCGCCAUCGUGGAAAACCUGGAGUCACCUUCUCUCACAGAUGUCUCCGAUGUAAGUGCUGCGACGGGCACGGCUCCGUCCAGCGCAACAUCUUCGAGGGCAGACCGCUCGCCCGAGGAAGGCAAAUUAGGCUACGACCUCCUAGUGGAUCGUGGUGGCUCUAGCGGAAGCUCGGCGUUGCCGACUCCCGAAAAAGAGUUCGAGGCCACAUUCGAAUCGGAUGGUGACAUCUCUCCGAGUCGUCUGCAGUCAGAUUCGAAAAACUUUCUGGUCGAGAAAGCGAAGCAAGUUCUUCGGUCGCCUCCUCGUCUCAUCGCUCGGAGUCCAGCAGGGGGGAUGGAAAGUCAUCGGGUGCAGACGAUUCCAGCUCCGAAGAGCACGGGCCUCUCGUACUGAGGGAACACUCACCCGAUGUCGCUAGGACACCCCUCGAAGGAACAAAAGAAUGCGUGUCUCUAGGUCACAAGGACGUUUCGAGGACAGCCUCUGGAGAACCAGAGCUGUCGGAAGGGGCAUUUCUCCAAGUCUCUACGACUGCCCUCUCUGACCGCCCGGACUCGUCAGAGACGUCGACUACAGACACCAUCGAAGAAGCGACAGUUGUUCACCGCAAGGUGCUCCAUGCAGACGAUGGAGACGCAUCCCCGACGGGAUCUUUACUUGAUCAUGUGACACCUGGAGUCCACGUCGCUCAAUUCCUGGAAGGCAAGGGAGGAUGUACCAUUGACAAUAUGGAGUUGGUGCACCCCGUCACCUCCCUCAAUGAAGAGAGCUUAGAUGUCUUUCAUUUUGCUACAACAAAACCUCAAAGUCCUACAGAAAUGCAUGAUGUAGGAGCAGAUGAACAAGAAGCAAGUACAAGAAGUAAAGCAGGUAGUGAGAAGGUAGCUGACAGAACAAAACUCGCCCUUGAUUUGAACAAAGAAGAACUACCAGUGCAAAAGGGUGCAACGCCAGACAUUCUGUCGCCACAAAGUGACGUCACCGACGAGGACACGACGUGUUCGGCAUCCAUCAGUGACCAGGAGGUAUUUCCGAGUGACGCCGACAAGCUUGCCACCCUCGAGGACCCCGUAGUACCAUCUCCUAUCCCGCAUCCCAUUCCUAGGGAGCUACUGCAUGCCCCUAUCGCGAGCAUGAGUGAUGAAGACGAUCUCACAGCAUCUGAUCUCAGCAGGAGAGGACUGCAGCACAACAAAUCUGAGCCCUCAGUGUCAAAGAUGACACUUUUAGAAACUAUGAAAGAGGUCCAGGAGGCACUGGGAGUCGCAGCCACCGCAGCGACUCCCGUGGGCCAGCAGAGCGACGGAGACGACUUCACCGUCUCCGAAUGGGCCAGGGAAGGCGGUGACAAAGAGUCGCUGUCCUUCGUCGAAGACCUCAAGGCAGAGUUUAGUUUCGAUGACAGGAACGUCACGCGCAGGCGCAGGAGAAAGAGAGUGUCGUCUGGCAACAAAGAAAAUGCAGAGGAAGCCGUAGAGGCUGUGAAUAUCGAUCACCUUAAAACAAGCCAGGAAGCCCUGAAUGAGCGUCUCACAGAGCCUUCUCAACCCCUUGACACUGCCUUAACUGUAGUCACUGGUGCCACGAUGUGAAGACCAGUUUACAAGUCGAUCCAGCCGCUGCAGAAGUAUCUAGACAGAACAAAGGCCACUCGCCCAUUCGAGAACCACCCAGGUAUCAAGGUUACGGCGGCUCGUUCGUGGAAAAAGUUCGUAGCCGUUCGAGCGAAGGCACCGGCACUGGAAGCGGUGAGCCCCAGGUACCAUCGGGCGACGUCAUCUACCUCAGGUCUCUCAACAUCAACUUGCAGAGACUGGACUUCCCCUCGAUUCGCUCUUCAUCCCCCAGCAGCCGCGGAUCCUGCGAAGAA